AUGAAACCGAGACAGAUACUGCAUGGCAUGAAUAUUCUCUGCCGGGCUGUUGCCGCCUGCCAGUGCCCCUGGCCAGUCAAUCAGCCCUGCUGGAGGAGUGGUGCCAACAAAAGCGAGCGCAAAGGCGAAGCUGAAAGCUGCCUUCCCAUCCAUCCAUCCAUCAAUCCGCGCGCUUUCUUUUCUUUUAAAGCGCCUCUUCUUCCUCCUCCUUCCCUUUCCCUGAAGCUACCGGCCGCCACUGCUGCCCGCGGGACAGGAGCAAUGAAGAAGAUCAAGGCGGCGCGCGGGGGAGCGGCGGCCACGGCGCCGACCGACUUGCUCGUCUGCUUCCCCGGCCGGCAGCACCUGGCGCUGAUGCCCAAGUCGAUGUGCAGCCCGUCCAGGGCCACCCUGGACAAGGCGGUGGCCGCGCGCCGGAGGCAGCUGCAGCUCCCGGCCGCGCCGGCCACGCGGUACGGGGGAGGAGGACGUGGUAGUACUAGUAGCCCGCUGUUCCGCGGUUCUAAGGCGAAGGAGACCGUCGGGGACGACGAGCCGCAGUCGCCCAAGGUGACAUGCGCCGGGCAGAUCAAGGUCGGCCGGCCAAAGAAGCCGAGGCCCAUGGUGGAGAAGCACGUCAAGGGCGACGGCGGCAGUGGGGGCAGGUGGGUCACCGUGGCGGAGGAGAUCGAGCGGCUGCAGGAGCGGAGGAAGAAGGCGAGCUGGCUAGAGACCGUCGGGAUCAGGAGGGACGCGCUGCCCUUCCUCGGCGGCGCGCUCUGGAGCCUUCGGCACAAGGUGAGGUGCUUCGGGUCGUCGCUCCCCGCCGCGGUGGACUCUUCGACGGACGACGACAAUGACGUGGAGGAGCGCGAGCGCAAAUCCGCCGCCGCGAGCGUGUUCUCCAAGUGGCUCAUGGUGCUGGAAAGGAGCCAUGAACCCCACGAGCAAGACGACAACGACGACGAGCUAGACCAAGAAGACGGGCGGCCGAGCAAUGAGGCGGGAGACGACUGCUCCAAAGCGACGUCCGUGCCUCCGCCGUCGAACGCGCUGCUCCUAAUGCGGUGCCGGUCGGCGCCGGCGAAGGGGUUGGCGAGGAAAGGAGCAGAACCGGCCGGCGAGGAGGCCACGCAGGAGAAGGGGGGCAUGGAGGAGAAGAGGGACGAGCUGGUGUUCAUGAGAACGGCGCCAGACUUCCUGAAGCUGUCCAUCGACAUCGCCAAGGAGACGUGGGUCGUCGGCGGCGUGGACCCCCUCGCGAGAAGCCGGAGCUGGAAAAGGUGA